UUCCAGCUUGUCAUCAACUUUUGUCAAAUCAAUUCCUGCUAGUGCCGGAAAAUGGCUGAUCAGAUAGAACCUCCCCCUUUAUUCGAAAAUGUUGAUAUCGAUAGGGUGGAAAAAGAAGAGGAUGAUCUUUUCGUAUCAGCUCAUCAGGAUACAUCCCAUUUCGAUGUAAUUCCCGAAAAUGAAACCACCAAUGGGAUUUCUUCUUUACCAAGAAAAAAAUCAAAGGAAUUGAAAGGUGAAAUGGAGAAUAUUCCUAUCAGUAAUGAUUCUGCAUUACCUACUAGUAUGGAACAGGUGGAAGCAGACAGUGGUGAUGAAUUCUUAGAAAUCAGCAUUACGGAACCUCAAAAAGUCGGAGAGGGUAUGGGUGCCUAUAUGGCAUAUAGGGUAACUACAAAGACAAAUAUGCCAGUAUUUAAGAGGAGAGAUUUUUCAGUAACAAGGAGAUUUAGUGAUUUUCUUGGAUUACACGAUAAACUCACAGAGAAAUAUUUAAAAGUGGGUCGAAUCAUUCCUCCUGCUCCAGAAAAAAGUGUAUUAGAUUCAUUAAUAACAUGCAUGCUCACUAUUAAAGGAAUGACCAAAGUCAAGAUAUCCUCGCAACCGGAGGGCAAUGCAGCAAAUGGGAACGAUUUCAUAGAAAGGAGGCGAGCAUCUCUUGAAAGAUAUUUGAAACGUACUGCUCAACACCCGGUUCUAGUUUUAGACCCAGAUUUUAGAGAAUUCCUUGAAUCAGAUAUUGAACUACCCAAAGCUACAAGUACGUCAGCAUUGAGUAGUGCUGGAGUUAUGAGACUGUUCAACAAAGUUGGAGAAACAGUUAAUAAAAUCACUUACAAGAUGGAUGAAACAGACCCAUGGUUUGAGGAGAAACUAGCACAUGUCGAGGGUUUAGAAACUCAACUCAGGAAACUACAUGCAAGUGUAGAGGCCAUGGUUAGUUACAGAAAAGAACUGGCUCACCUGACCAUUGGCGUAUCAAGAUCUGCUGCGUUGCUAAGUGCUUGUGAAGACCACAACUCCCUCUCAAGGGCGUUAUCCCAAUUAGCCGACACGGAAGAAAAGGUGGAGGCUUUACAUCUGGAACAAGCCAACACUGACUUCUUCAUUCUGUGCGAGCUGCUGAAGGACUACUUAGGAUUACUGGGGUCUGUGCGGGAUGCAUUCCACGAACGUACUAAGCUAUUCCAGCACUGGCAGCACUCCCAGCAGAUGCUGGCCAAGAAGCGUGAGGCCAAGGCCAAGUUGGAACUGACCAAUAGAAUCGAGAAGUUGGAUCAGGCCAAUGCAGAAGUUGUCGAGUGGGAAUCAAAAGUUGAGAGAGGCCAGGAGAAUUUUGAUAAAAUUUCACAGAUGAUAAAGAAGGAAAUGGACCGUUUCGAGAAGUGCAGGAUACAAGAUUUUAAGGUCAUGUUCAUUAAAUAUUUAGAAAAUCAUCUGGAUCACCAAGCUCAACUCGUCAAAUACUGGGAGGCCUUCCUGCCUGAAGCCAAAGCAAUUGCUUGACUAGAGGAUAUAUGUAGAGAAUAGCAGCACGUACAUUCCUAUUGGAGAUUCCCGGAAAUCUAAGGAGUAUAUCGCGUCUCGUUAUUUCACGUGGAAUCUCAGUCCUAUGUUCCCCCCCUUUAUACCUUAUAUUUAAUUAUACAAGUGUCAUGUUCUUUACGCGAUACCCAAGUUAUUGUCGGUAAUUUUUUUUUGUUUGAAGACAUAUCCUUUAAGUUAAAGAUGAGAUAUUGAGAAAUAUAUUUAUCUAUUUUGUUAUAUUAGAGGUAAGACAUUUAAAAUGUUAUCUGUGUGCCGGACUCUGUAGUUUAUUGAAUAUAUUAGCGUUAAGUGGAACAGAAGAGAGAAAAUGACAAAUUUUUAGUAUUCGCCACAUGCUUUUUUAUUCAUAAUGUGAUAAGAUUCUUUGCUUUCAGAGCUGGCAUGUUUCAGUUGUGUUUUUCUAUGCAGGAUUUUCAGUCGAAUUCUCGUGUGUGGAUUUGUCAUAGUGAAAUAAGAUUUGCAUGAUAUAUUAAGGUUAAUUAUUAUCGCUUCCAUUGUAAUUAAUAAAAUAUUGUACUUUUCA